GAUUUUUCGCGGAUGGCUUCAACGAAUGCGAAGCAGCAGCUCAAAGUCACGAGCAGAUCCAACCACAACCUGCGCUGAUGAGGCCGUUACGAAGGAGGGCUGUGAUCGCAGCAGCCACCACCGCCACGGCGGUGCUGCUGUUGGGGGUGGUGUUGGUCGGUGGUGGUGUCGUUGUUGAGAGGGCGCAGGCCAUGGAGAGCUGCCCGCUUCCCACACCAGCAAGGAACAGCGUGUCGGAUGCGUUGUACGACCAGAACUACGUGUGGCUGCGCAACGUCAACGCCAUUGACAGGAACACGCAGCGACCGACGGCACGGCGCAACACCACUUGCUACGUCUCGGACCGGUUCAAGUUUGUGUUCCACCACGUGCUGAAGAACGGCGGCUCAACGAUCAUGGUGCGCCUGAAGCUCGGGAUUGGCGAGACGAUCCCAGGCCACAAGCCCGGUGAGCCCUGGCCCGGUGACAUGCACCAGCGGGGGUUCACAUCGCACGACAAGUCAUGGCUGCGCGGUAUGCACUGCUCGAAGGCUGUGAGGGAGCUGCGGGACUACGUCCACUUCGCGUUUGUCAGGGACCCGUAUUCUCGACUGCGCAGCAUACAGGCAUUUGCCACGCACCUGCGGCGACCAGCGCACCGUGCGUUUCCGCGGCCGAUCCCGUCCCUAGACACGCUGGCCACAUCCAGUGACCCGGAGGGCGCGUUCCGUGGUGCCACCAGCAUGGGCAUCGGGCAUGCCAUGCCGCAGUCUGGAGUGGUGGCGAGUGGGAGCGGAUGGGUCGUGGACUUUGUUGCGGACAUUCGCUUCAUGCGGGAGGCGUUCCAGGACCACCUUGUCCCCGUGCUGAAGCAGAGGCUUGCUGGCACGGGCAUUGACACGACGCCACUGGACAACUUUGCGGCGUACUUUGGCAUGACAAAGCAAGUGAACGUGAUGAAGAAGAAGGAAGUUGACUUGGAGGAGGAGGAGCGCAUUCGCUGCCUGCUCUACAAGAGCCCCGUUUAUCGCCGGGACUACGAGCUCUUCUACACCACGCACGAGCGCAAGCGACGGCAGGCAAGCCAGCCAUAGUGAAAUUUAUGUUGUGUGUGUGUGUGUGUUCGUAUUUGUAUUUGGUUGGUUGAUUGGUUGGCUGGGUGUGUGUGUGCGUGUGUCUGUGUGUCUGUGUGUGUCUGUGUUUGUGGUGUGCCACAUCACAUCAUGUCCGUCUUCAAAUUCAUCAUACAUAAACAACUUCCAUGCUCG